GGCCGACUCAAGUCUCUUCGCCUUUUAAUUGGUCAAGCGGUUGUGAGCAUGGGAGAUAGCGCCGGUGUGAGCUUCAACGGGGUGUAUCCUGUGCCUGACGGCUUCUCCAAGACGGCCCACGUCCAGAGCAUGGAGCAGUACGAGGCCAUGUACAAGCGGUCGCUCGAAGAUCCCGAAAGCUUCUGGGGCGAGUUGGGCCGCGAAAAUCUCGACUGGUUUCGUGAGUUUGACCAGGCCGUCGUCGGUACGGUGAACAAGGGCGACACGGCGUGGUUCCUUAACGGAGAGACGAACGUGAGCGUCAACUGCAUCGACCGUCACGUCAAGAAACACCCGAACAAGACGGCCAUCAUCUGGGAGGCGGACGAGAUCGGCCAAGGCAGGGAGAUCUCGUACACCGAGCUGCUGGAGGAGACGUGUCGUAUCGCCAACGCUAUGAAGCACGCGGGCGUCCGUCGCGGCGACACUGUAGCCAUCUACAUGCCCAUGAUCCCAGAGGUCGCGUUCGUUAUGCUGGCUUGUACACGUAUUGGCGCCGUGCACAGCGUCGUGUUCGCGGGUUUCUCGGCCGACGCAUUGCGUGACCGCAUAGUGGAUGCCCAGACUCAGUGGGUAUUCACGUCCGACGAGGGCAAACGUGGUGGUCGUACGCUACCGCUUAAGCAGAUCGUGGACCACGCUGUCAAUGGUCUGGACUUCGUGCGUAAAGUGUUCGUGUUUAAGCGUACACACAACCCAGAGACGCGCAGUGGCAAGAUCAUGCGUCGUGUGCUGCGCAAGAUUUCUCAUGGCGAAGAGGACUCGUUGGGCGACGUGUCGACCUUGGCAGAUCCGUCUGUAGUGCCGACGUUGAUCACGAACACGAAGGCUUCGCUUGCCGGCAAGACAUUCUAA